AUGCUCACGCUUCUUACAGCUGAAUUAGAAAAUGCUGUUAAUCAAUUAUUUGAUGAUAUUCAAGCAAUUGAAGAAAGUGCAACAGAUUGGAUUAUAUUUUAUCGUCAAAAAUGGAUUAUCGAAUCACUUAAUAAAUGUAUGUCAAAAAUUGCUAAUGAAGUUUGGAUAACAUCACCUAAUAAUACAAAUGUUACAGAAGCAGCUCAUGCAUUAUGCAAUUGUCGUGGAAGGGAUCUCAAGUUAUUAACCGCUAUCUUACAUUGA